GUCUGCUCCCAGAAAAAGCACAAAGGCAUAUCAUAGGUGUCAUCUUUCCUGAUUACUUGCUGGUCUUAUCUUAGCACCAACUCUGCUGGAUUUAUAAGAGGAGUCUCCACAGACAGAAACUCCACAUCAGAGCUGAAGCUUUCGUGAUCAGUCCAUCUCAAGAUGAAGAAAGGCAUCCUUGGCCUCUCCCUCCUCUUCCUCCUCACCCUUGCUUCCCAGGGCUCAUGGUGUGCAGCUGAAACAAGCACCAGGAUCUCUGCAGACCAUCAUCUCCGGCCACAUCUCCAAGUUCAAGAAUUGCAUGGCAAGAAGGAGAUCCUGCAGAUCCAGAGCCCCAGGAAGCUUGGGCAUGGGCUGAUCCUCAAACAGCAUGGGGUGAGCGUGGUGGAGACCAAGCGUCCCAGGAGGAUGGCCAUAGGGCACAAGGGUGGCAGCGUCGGCGGUGGCGGCACAAGCGCAGCUACAGGUGGGGGUGGGGGCGCCGCGGCGAGGCCUCACAACACGAAGAACGGCGCGGCGGCGCUGCCGGUGCCGGCGACGACGUCCCUCCUGACGCUUGCUUUCACCUGUGCCGUUGUUCUCUCGGCGUUCGGCUUCUGAAGUUCUUCUCUCCUUGGAAUGAGUAAAGUAAAUCUAGUAUCUCUAAUUCUAUGUUAGUGGUGUGCUAUUUCUGAAUUUCUAUGUGAUUCUACCGUGUAACGUCCAAUUGUUUGUCGGCACUCCACUGAUGUUCGAUGGCUGAUUCCCAGCUUGCAUGUUACGUAUCGUGGUUCUUGAUG